CCCCUUCCUCAGCUCCUCACAUCCUCUCUCCUCUUUCUUUACAUUUUCUCUCAUCUUUUUAACGAAUACCAAUAAUAACUAAGCUCUUUAAAUUUUAAACCCCAAAUUACCUUCAUUUAUUGCCAGAAAAAAAUAAGUAAAUAUAUAAAGAGAAGAUUUCGUGGAGACAAUUUUCUCUCUGAUUUUCCACCGCGCCAAACACCCUCGGGAGAAAAACAGUGAUUGCGCUGAGACAUGGGGGCGUACAGAACGGACGAUGAUUACGAUUACCUGUUCAAGGUGGUUCUGAUCGGAGACUCGGGGGUUGGGAAAUCGAACCUCUUGUCCAGAUUCACCAGGAACGAGUUCAGCCUCGAAUCGAAAUCCACAAUCGGAGUCGAAUUUGCCACCAGGAGCAUUAAAGUCGACGAUAAGGUUGUCAAGGCCCAAAUUUGGGACACUGCCGGCCAAGAAAGGUAUCGUGCAAUCACUAGCGCAUACUACCGCGGUGCUGUUGGCGCUCUAUUAGUCUAUGAUGUUACCCGUCAUGUCACAUUUGAGAAUGUGGAGAGAUGGCUCAAGGAGCUUAGGGAUCACACGGAUGCCAACAUCGUGAUCAUGCUCGUCGGAAACAAGGCCGAUCUGCGCCACCUGAGAGCAGUUUCGACUGAAGAUGCCAAAUCUUUUGCUGAGAAGGAGAACACCUUCUUCAUGGAGACAUCUGCCCUCGAGUCCAUGAAUGUCGAGAAUUCCUUCACAGAAGUUUUGACCCAAAUCUAUCGCGUGGUAAGCAGGAAAGCCCUCGAUAUUGGGGAGGACCCAGCAGCCUUGCCCAAAGGACAGACCAUCAAUGUUGGAACCAAGGAUGAUGUAUCAGCUGUGAAAAAAGUCGGAUGUUGCUCUGCUUAAUUUUGUGAUCCACAAGGUUAAAAGAUGUGGUUUUUGAAGACCAUGCUCUGGUCAUGUUUAUAUAGAGGUCGACCUGAUUCCUGGGAAAGGCUUUUGUCAACAGAAUUAGCUGCUUGUAGUUUGAACAUUUUGCUUUGGGUACUUGGAAACUCGUCUAUCUUGUAGCCGAAAGAUAGGAUUCUGAAAACGUUUCAUGUUCUUUCUUUCAUUCGUUUUGAACUCAUCCUCCACUGUGUAAUAGCUUUUUACUAUCUCAUUAUGUUUAUUUCAGUUUUUAUAGAAGUAAGUUUGUUUUUUAGUUCGACAUUUUCAAGUGGAAUGAUCAACUUUGCUA